AUGGACGGCAGUGACCCACCGAAAUACGACCCAGACCAAGAAGAGAAGAUAAGGAUAAGGAGGGCUCUCCAAGAGCUGUUCGAUCGGCAUCCGGCAGCUCGCAGCCAGCCAGACGACACAACCGUCCGUAACAUCGACAGUCAGAUACCUCCCGCCAUGCGCACUGUUGGGGACGCAUACCCGGAUCAAGAGACCCGUCGCCAUUGGUAUAAGAAGGCUGAAGACUAUGAGAAUGCACCCCCUGAGCAGAAGGAGAACAUCUUGAAACCUCUUCUUGAAGGACUCGGGAUGCUUAUUUCUGCGCCUCUGAUGCUGGCUGGUGGGGUCGUUGUUGGUUCUGUGUAUACUGCUGGGGCAAUUCUCGUUGGGGCGGGAAAGGUGAUCAAAGGGUUGGGUUCCCUGCUGACUGGGGGAAAUAUUAAGUAA